AUGGAGAACCUUCCUGUAGAUCACUUUGUAAAGUCCCAGCAGUUUGUUCCGGUCGUACAUCGGGAUGUCUAUCCAGCGAUCGAUCCUAAGCAAAGCUCGCUUUCUCAACAGGGCAAAGUGAUUAUCAUCACUGGCGCUAGCCAAGGACUAGGAGCUCGAUCCUUUGUACCAUCAUUCGCUGCCGCAGGCGCCAAAGCCAUCGUCCUCGUGGCUCGACGUGCAGACAAGCUCGAAGAAGUCGCAAAAUCAAUCGCAACAUCUUAUCCCAACGUUGAAACCCUGUCCGUCUCUACCGACAUCGCAGACCCCAAAUCCGUUGCAGCACUCUACGAAGAGGUCAAAGAAAAAUACGGUCAUGCCGACGUCCUCGUUAACAAUGCCGGUCUCUUCAAAGCCAUUGGGCCCAUUAAAGACGUCGAUCAAACGGCCUGGUGGGACGAAGUCACCCUGAACACCCGCGGCACUUUCCUAAUGACCCAAUAUUUCCUCAAACACCUCCCCUCCACCGACACCCCCGCAAAAAUAAUCACCCUAACCACCGGCGCCGCAUACGAAGUCUUCCCCUCCCUCAGCGCCUACGGCAUCUCCAAACUCACGGUCCUGCAACUCAUGACGUACGUUGCAGCCGAGAACCCGAAUGUGUUUGCUGUAGCUAUGCAUCCGGGUAUCGUGGAUACCGAGAUGACGAUUGACUCGUUUAAGCGGUUUGCGCUGGAUACACCGGAGCUUGUGGGCGGUGUCGGGGUUUGGCUGGCGGGGUGGCAGGGAGUGGAUAGGAAGUUUCUUGAAGGAAGGUUUGUGAGUGCGAAUUGGGAUGUUGAGGAGUUGGUCAAGAGGAAGGAGGAGAUUGAGAGGGAGGGGUUGCUGAAGAUGGAUUUGAAGGGGACGUUGGGGGCGGGGCAGUUUGGGCAGUAG